AUGUCAAAAGAACUUCCUGUGAGUGUCGACGACAGAGACGAUUACGAGGCUUCUCACAGAUCCUACGAGGAGAUCGGCCCCGGCGUUGUCUCUCGUCCUGUGGAGGUGUCGACGGUUUACGCCUCAGCCUCGUUCAGCAAACUGACAGAAGAAGUAAGAAACCAGCAGCAAGUCAGAAACCAGCAGCAAGAAGAGGACGAUCCAAGCUACACUCAAAUCCAUUUCCCCAUCGGCCCAGGUGGAAACAGCGCCCCCCAGAGUCAGAGCAAGACACUGUUGUAG